UCUCUCUCUCUGCGCUCCCAUCACCGGCGGCGACGUCAGCACCGGCGGUAAGCUCUAAUACCAUCUAGUGUUAUUGCUUACUGUGUUCGCCGAUUUCUCUCUAUUUUAAGUAUAGGAUAAUGGGUCGGAAAGCUGGUUCGCUUUAUAUUAACCCAAAGAAAUUUAGCUCUCUUCACAAACCUUGCAUGAAGGAAAUGAUUGCAUUUCUCAACUGCUUGGCUGUCAACAACAACAGUAAUGAUAAGUGCGUCCGGCAGAAGGAACUUUUGAGUGUCUGUAUGGACUCUCAGGCAACCAAUAAAAGAAAGUCUUGGGGAAGCAUUAAUUACCACCUGCAGAGGCUUAGCAGAGGAAGAAAGUAGUUUGGGCUUAUAGAGAAAGAAUGUUUUAUUAGUGUCUCAUCCUUCAAGUUCAGUUGCAGAGCCUUAGCAUGGGAACUAUUUUGGUUGGACCAGAAAAAGUUUAGAAAUCAUUUCCCAAUUUGAAUUGAAUGCAUCCGAUGAAAACAUCUAUUGUAGUUUAUGUUAAUUCUUGUUGCAGUGAAGAAUUUUACAGCAACUCUACAUUCGGUAGAAUGAAAUUAGACAAGAAAGGCAUCAGAGUUAUUUCUUUACCAUACUACUCAAAGCUUUGACAUGUUACUCAUUGAUAAGUGAUGACCUAUUUUAUUUUUAUCUGCUCACAUUUGUCAA